AUUAUAUUUUAUGAGUGGCUGUGCGCUUGUGAGAGAGAAUUAAAUAUUGGCAGACCUGCCAGCUCUGUGUUUCAGUAUAGCUCUCUGCUGCCUCAACACCCCCCAUUUAGCCGAGUCAGGCCACACUCUCAUCGAUCGAUGCCAGCAUUUGAGAAUAGGAUCAGCAAGUAGCCUUUUUGGACAAAGAAAGAAGGAAAUCUUCAGCGAGUUAUCUAUUAGCUGAAAUGGAGGAAGUUCUCAUGGAGAGCCAUGGUCCACCUCUUGAUAAAGCGGGAAGUUUGGUUCUAGAUAUUGAGAACCUAACACAAACCUCUGAGAGUUGCUCUCCAAGUCCAAAAGUGAUGAAAACUCUAUCUCGUAAAGGUUCAUCAAGAAUAGAUCGGCGGAAUGUAGAGGAGCAAGAUAUAGAUGGAGCAACCAAGAAAGUCAUCGUCAAAGGAAGGGUCCCUUGUUGUCAAGUUGCAAUCGAACAACAAUUGGUUCUCAGCAGACCUUUUGCAGGAAUCCCACCUAUGGCAAAUAUCUCUAAUCUAUCAGCAGAUAUGGGAGAUGGAAGGAUGAGGAAGUUCAACCACUUCAUGACUAUCAAUCCGAAGAAAAUACUUCUCCUUUUUGCAUCUAUGUCUAGCCUGGGGACAAUCAUUCUCAUAUAUUUUACACUAGUCAUAUAUUUCAAAGGAGUAUAAUCACUUUGAAGGAUUUAGUCGGAACAAUAUAGCCAUGGAUCAAAUGCUGCAGGAAAAUACAGUAGCACGCACCACAUGUAAGAACUGAGGAAAUUACAACUGGAAUAACUUGGAAGGGCAGAAGCUGGUGUUUAUCAAAUUUUCAAGCCCUAUUUUCUUUUGCAGAAUCAGGUUGUGUUGUGCUUAUUGCAAUUUUUUCCCUCAGUUUUUUUUGUUCUUGCCUUUUUUUUUUGUUCUUCAAAGUGAUCUCAUGAGUAUGGACUUGUAACGAAGCUGAUAGUUUAAGCUUUUCUUUUCUUGAUUUGAGGGGAGAUGUAUACAAUAUUUUCCCACUGCCGUGAAGCUUUUCUCCAGUUAUGUUUCA